AACUAGUGAGUAGAUCUGCUGUAAGUAAGCAGCUGUUCCUGUUCUAUACUGAUAACUUUCUAAUGAGAUGGCUGAUAGGGCAGGUUUUAGUAAGGGUUACAGGUGUGUGCUGGAGAGCAAAAUGAGGGAGGAAGCAGACUAUAAAGGCUCCCCUGGUGUUCUCUCAAAGCUCUGCUCUUUGUUUCUUAGGUGUGGAAGAAAUGAGUUGUGUCUUUUCUUAAAAUAAAGGUUGUAUGUAUAACGAAGAUCUUUGAACAAGUGGUUACACCAGCUUGCUAAAGAUGUCUGUUCCAAGCCAAUACUGUUCUGUUAUUAUUAACCCACCUCCACCAGAGUAUAUAAAUAACAAGAACAGUGGCUGUCAAACAAACCAACUUCAGUACUUGCAGAGGGUGGUGAUGAAAGCAAUGUGGAGACACAACUUCUCCUGGCCCUUCCAUCAGCCUGUAGAUGCAGCAGCACUGAAUCUUCCUGAUUAUUACAGUAUUAUAAAGAAACCUAUGGAUUUGACAACCAUUAAAAAGCGUCUGGAACACAAUUAUUACACAAAAGCUGCAGAAUGCAUUGAAGACUUUAAAACUAUGUUCUUGAACUGCUACAUAUAUAACAAGCCAGGUGAUGACAUUGUGUUUAUGGCUCAAGAGCUAGAAAAAGUGUUUAUGCAGAAAAUAGCCCAAAUGCCACCAGAAGAAAGACCUGUGAUUCUCAACAAAGGAAAGAGAAAAGGGAAGAAGGCAGAAGAAACACAGCAGCCCAAUCCUGGGACCUCAAAUGAACGAAGCACAAUGUGGAAGCAAGCUGCAAGCAGCGAGCAGCCUCCAGCGAUGACUCACGAGCUCCACCAGGUUACCCCAGCUCCUCUGUCUGCAGCUCAGCUGGCUGCUUUAAUGCCUCCUGCGGUCCCUAUCUCAAGAGCUAAAAAAGGUGUGAAAAGGAAGGCUGACACUACAACUCCUACUAUUUCAAUAUUCACAGCAAGUGGUGAAUCUUCUGCAACAUUUAAUGGAAGAAAAGCUGUUAAAGCAUGCAGAGGUGAAAAUGAACGGAGGAUACCAAAUAAGCUUCUGAAGAGACACUUGCCAGAUUCUCAACGAUCACCUGAAAUUCUUAAAAAGAUUCAGUUGUCAGAACAACUAAAACAUUGUAAUGCAAUAAUUAAAGAAAUGUUUUCAAAGAAACAUGCAGCAUAUGCCUGGCCUUUCUUAAAACCUGGAGCUGCUGCAUCUUUCUCAAUUGGUGAGGACCAAGGGAUCACCAAAUGUCCUACAGACCUGGGAGCCAUUAAAAAGAAAAUUGAUAACUUUGAAUAUGGAGAUAUACAAGAAUUUGCUAGAGAUGUUAGAUUAAUGUUCAUGAGCUGCUACAAAAGUAAUCCUCCAGACCAUGAAACUGUUGCUAUGGCAAGGAAACUUCAGGAUGUUUUUGAAAUGCGCUUUGCCAAAAUUCCUGAUGAGCCUGUUGCAAGUGUUCAUCUGCCACAGCCUGCAAGAGAAAUGACAGAAGCUAAUUUCAGUGAGAGCAGUAAUGAUGACUCUUCAGAAGAAAUAUCAUCUGAAGACUCUGACCAGGAGAGAGCAGCACACCUUGCAAAGCUUCAGGAGCAACUUGAAGCUGUUCAGCAGCAGUUGCAGGUUUUGACCAGAGCAUACUCACCUAGACUGAAAAAGAAAAAAGGGAAGGCUAAAAGGAAUGAAAGAAAGAACAAGGAAAAAGCCAAAAUAAAAAGCCUGAUUCAAAAGAAGAAAAAUCUAAACCACAAGAAGAAAUCUAAGAAAAAGCUAUCUUUAAACAUUCAAUCAAAGAAAACCAUGCAGCAGGUCUUCUUGGCACCUAAGUCAGAAGAUGAAGAUGGUGCCAAGCCUAUGAAUUAUGAUGAAAAAAGACAGUUGAGUUUGGACAUAAAUAAACUCCCUGGAGAUAAGCUUGGGAAAGUAGUCCAUAUAAUACAGUCAAGAGAACCUUCACUGAGGAACUCUAACCCUGAUGAGUUAGAAAUAGACUUUGAAACUUUAAAGGCUUCAACACUCAGAGAACUAGAGAAAUAUGUGGCAACUUGUUUGAGGAAGAAACAAAGAAAGCAGCGGGCUAAAAAAACGACCAAGUCAAAAGAACAAUGUAAUUCUGAGAGGAAACAAGAGCUAGAGAAGAGACUACUGGAUGUCAACGGUCAACUAAACCCAAAGAAGGAGAACUUCAAGUCUGAAAACAAUGCUGAGUCCGGUAUUGGACCGAGCAGACUGAGUGACAGCAGCAACAGCAGCAGCUCCUCGGACUCUGGCAGUGGUUCCAGCUCCUCAGAUAGCAGCGACUCUGAAUCAGAAAUCUGCUCAAAACAGACAGAAACCAGGCAGAACUGUCCGACUUCUAUGCAAAAGUCUAAGAGAAUACCACUAUGUUUCCAGAGGACAUCCUGCAAUGCCAUUCUGCAAGCACAGCCCCCAUCUCUUACUAGUAGCUUGCAAAACUGUGGAUCAUCUGAACUGCAGCAGCCACCUCCCAAUGUCCUGUCGAGGCUUCAGCCUUUACCGAAUACAACACUUAAACUACCAGAACAAAAUGCCCAGUCUCCUUCAGGUAUAAUCAAAGCUGGAUCUGCUCUGCAUGAUGCUCCAGACCAGCAAACUCCUCAGAGUACUCCAAGGACAAAUCAGUCUUCUGGCAGCACCCAGCGCACACAUGUUCUUCCAGAGGUAUCUGACACAACUUACCAGGUUGAUGGUGCUGAUUCAAGUAAACAAGCUGAGAAAACAAUACAUCCAGACAAAUCAAAUAAACUUCAAAGCAAGGCCAGUGACAGAGCUGCUGAUUCAAUAUCCUUAAGUCAAGAACAAAGUCAUUCUACACCUAAUGAUAAACCUAAUGGUAAAAACACGCUAGAGCCAAAAUCCAAAGGUCUUCCAAGAAAGGAUACGGAAUUUAAGAACAGAGAUUCCUGGGCAAGCUUGUGUAAAAUGAUGAGGCUUCCAGCUCCGAUAAAAACAUCUGCAGAGAGCUUCAAGCAUUUCAGGAAAGCGGCACUAAAGAGGAGGAGUGGGCAAGCACAGGAGUUAAAAAGGCCUCUGGAGCAAGCUGAGAGUGAACUGCAAAGCCUUUCUCAAGAAAAAGAGAGGGGCCACGAAUGCACAGGAUCGGAUGCCAUGGCAGUGACAGACUGUGAGCCCCAGAAAGAGCAAAAGGGUGAACAACUGCCCAAAGCUCAACAACACACUCUUGUUCAAGACCGUAUCUUGGCUAGAAAACUGGAACAAGAACGCAGGAGGAGAGAAGCAAUGGCUUGUACAAUUGAUAUGAACCUGCAGAGUGAUAUAAUGGCAUCUUUCGAAGAAUAUCUUGAGUCAAAGUUGUAGUUAAUAUAGAAUUUAACUUCAACACUACUACAACCUGUACAACUUUGAAAAUGUAUCAGUUACAAGCUUAAAUGUUAAGACCACUUUAAAGAGCAUGCAAGCUCCUCUCAAAUGCUUAAUUUUAAAAGCUUGUUCAUUGACAUUUGAAGCAUUACAAGAUGGGUUUUUUCUUGUUUAGAGUAUAUGUAAUCUAGUCUGUUGUACACUAGAAAGCAGUUGUUCUUUUGAUUACAGUUUUAUGUUGUGUACAUACAUGAGACAACAUCAGCUCCUUGAUUCUUUUCUCAUUUUUUUAAAUCAAUCUUUUUCAGAAACACUUGAGAAUCUGUUAUACUAAGCAUAGCCAAAUUCCUGUUUGACUGUAUCAAGUCAUAAUAUACACAACAUGCACCUAUAGAAACUACUUUAAACCAAGGUCUUGUUGAUUAUGUGAUUGCUAUUAAAGCAACCACUCCACUAUGACAUGCUUGCAUGGAAUGUGGGCUGUGACAAAAGAUCUCUAUAAUAGUGAUAACUUCUAAAGGAUGUGUAACUUUACUUAUAAUCCUAAUUAAAAAGAAAAGUUUCCUUGGAACUCUGUAAUUUCAGCAGCAAAUCCUGGAUUCUUGUGUCUUAAGGCCCAGGCACGUUGGUCUUCUGUUUAACGUAUUUUAUGUUAACAUAACAUUUGGAUAAGGGUGCAAGCAUGUUUGCCAGAUGGUUCUGGUUCGUCACAGAAAGAAAUUAUCUAAACCAUACCACUUCUGGCUCCAGUAUGAAAGACUGGCUGAUUAAUGCAAAAUUUUAUUUGGGAUACUUGUCUGCAGUAGAAACUAAAGUGUAAAAACUCUACAUUCUUGUUGAUUACAUAUAGCUAUCUCAAGUUAAGUACAAGACUAAUAAAACAUUGUUUUAUAGAAUUAAUACCAACACACAAUGUACAUUACAGAGAUAAUGUUUGGUUGAAGGGGCCCCCUCAAGAUAAUCUAGUUCAGUGGUCUCCAGACCUUUUCCAUUAUACGCCCCUGUAAAAAAUUAUAAGGAUGCACCCCCAAGACACAUAUAUUAAUUUAUAAAUUACACACAUGUUCUACUGUACUAAUAUAUUAGGUACAUUAUAUUAAAAAGAUAAAUUAAAAAUAUUUAGUGUUUAUGUGAUUUUUUUUCUUAGUUACGUUUGGUUUGUAAUUAAAAAAUGUUUUGUAAUUUUUAAAAUAUUGAUUUGCAUUAAAUAUUUUCUUCCCACGCUCCACUUUGGAGGCCACUGAUCUAGUUGAACCUCCCCCUCAAAACUCUUUAUCCCUAUGGAGACUUCUGGUCUGCCAAGUUCCUGGGUCGAAGUUGGGAGUGAAGGUAACGCUGCCAGCGCUGUGGCGAGGGUCUGACACUGACCGGGCAACUAAGCAGACAAGACUUUCUACAAAUAACUGAAUCUUUAGAUAAAGGAAACAAAUUGCACCUAAAUUCAUAAAUUACAGCUAAAGUGUUCAAAAAUGCCAGCCUGGUAUUUCAGGCAGCAGGCCCAUGAGCUAGUGCUACCUCCAAAAUAUCUAUUCUGCAAUCAAAUGCCACUUUGUAUCUUGUACCUCCGCAAGUACCAUAGCAGAAUGUAUAUUUACAAAUGCUCAGAAUGGGGUACUGCCCUUUGAAAUGUCUGGGGAAGUCCUCAUAUGUGAGCCUUGUCUGGAUGCAGGCCCCAGAGUACGCUGUUUGGGAGGUCUGAGUAAAUCAUACAGUACUUGGCUAGGAAAGGGAUUUGGGCUGAAAGGUAGUAAUGUAAAGUGAUGCUAUUAGAAUGUCUUGUUUCACAUCCACAUCAAAGCAAUUUAGGCCUGCCUUCAUUUGUGCUUUAUACAUCAUUAAUAGCUAUUUGUUCUUUAAUAAAAUAUUACAGUUUGCAUUUUGGACUCCCCAACAUGCCAUCACCUGGACAUACUCUCUGACUGGGUUAAUGCAAGCUCAGGAUCUCGUUUUGGAAACAGAAGGUGACAGAGGGGAAAGGCAAUAAUUAAUUAUCUGCAUUUCAUCUGUUCUAUAUAACCAUAUGUGCAUUGCUAACAGUAUGAACUGGUAUGUUUGCCCCUUCACAAACUAAUUCCAGCUUCUGUGACUAUAUUGUCUUGAUGACUUAAAGGCACAAUGUCAGCGCUGCUACUGCUGAACUGAUGAACCCUUCAUUUGCAACCUACAAACCAGCUAGAGGAUAAUCAGCUUCUGCCUCCAGACAGGAGGCUGAGUUCAGAGGACAGGGAGACGGCCUCCUAGCACAGGUGAGUAGCAAGCCUGUAACCACUGUGUUUGCCCAAAGCUGUCACCACACUCAAGCCAGCAGGAAUACCAUUUGUGCAGAUACAGCCUGCAAACAAUAAGCUGCUUAAAUAGGCUAACUAUAGUUAGUUACCUAACAGUUAAAAUGUGUACUAAAUUCCAUUAGGCCAUCAAGUUACCUUGAUCAUUUGUGAAAACAGUUGCACUAACUUGCAUCUACACUAGUAGAUUGUAUCUACUUGUAAAUGAACAGUAAGAUAGCUAAAACCUAAGUUCCUCUGUAAUUAAUA